AUGCUCGCACCCCUGGGAAACGAUGAGGUGACACAGGAUGAAGGCAUCACUGUAGCCUUGGUCGUGACAGUGAAAGCUCUGGGAGUGGGGCUGAGGCUGGAGGGCUCAGAGGCUGUGGCCCUGCUACCCAACCUCAAUUUACCCGUAUCUCAAAGCUUCACAUGGCUCUCGGAGACAUUGCUCACGGGUACCACGCUGGCGCAGGCAGCCAAGGUCCCCAGCGAUAGGACGGACCAGACACCUGCUGGGGAGACACAGGACAGCAGGCUGAGCAGCACCAUCCUCAGAGAUCUCACCACCAUCCUGCUGUCCCUCCAGAUCUCACCACUGUCCCUCCAGAUCUCACCACUGUCCCACUGUCCCACUGUCCCCCAGGUCUCACCACCAUCCCGCUGUCCCCUCAGAUGUCACCACUGUCCCGCUGUCCCCCUGGAUCUCACCACCAUCCUGCUGUCCCCCAGAUCCCUUGGGCUCUCCAACAGGACAGUGAAAGCUGCUGUUUCUGCCCUGAGGCCCCUUCCCCCCAGUGCCAGCUUGGAUCCCAAGAAGAAGCCAUCUCCCUCCCAGGACAAUCUCUCUUUCGGUUUCGUGCUGGAGCCCCACACACCUGGGCAGAAGCGCUGCGGGCGAAGUGACGAGGACGAAGGACCCCUGAGCCCUGCCUCCAUCCUGCUGCCAGCCAUGCCCGCCUCACUCCCCAGGGUGCUGCAGACCCUGCUGCUCCUGGCUGCCUCCCCGAGCGUGGAGCGUGGAGGAGCUGAAGCCCUUCGUCAGGGACUUGAACACAGACACCUGGCCCAACAGUUUCCUCAGAGAGGUGGAAGGGCUGUAGGCCCUGCUUCGUUCAGUAAAGGUUGGGACAGCCCCACCUGCACCAGCGGCGUGGUUUCCGUGUCCCAGGGCGAGAGAGCGGUGAUGACCUGCACCAUCUGCAACGAUUUCUUCCACGUGGAUGUCUUCCUGUGCGUCAGCCACCAUGACUGCCAGCAGGUCGUCACGGUGAAGGCCCCAGGAAACGACAGCAAUGGUGGGUGGUAUCUCCAGGUUCAAGGAGGGGUGGCGGAGCUGGUGAUCGAGAAAGCCCAAACCACGCAGACAGGGGAGUACAGGUGGUACCUGGAGGGACGCCAGUGGAAUUCGGAAACCACCAAGCUGAACGUUUCAGACCAGAACCAGGGCCCAGCGACUGAUGGAAAGGGAGGAGGACUCACAGCUCCCACGGUGGCCAUGGAGGCCCUGCUAAUGUCCUCACCCAUUGCUGCGGUCUCCAACAUCGUGGUCCCCACUGUCGUGGUCCUGGGCCUGGUCCUGGGGACGGCCGGGCUCAUCACCUGGUGCAGGUGCCAUGGCCCCCGGAAUCACAUGCAGAUGAGGAAGCUCAGCACCUUAGACACACAUCUCAGCACGUGAAGCCCUGCCUGGCCAUCUCGCCCAUCUGGAUUAAAACAUACUCAUGAAUUUGAAAACACACUCAUGAAUUUGCGUCAUGGAUUGAAUUGUUCCCUCCAAAAAUGUGUGCGUCAACUUGGCUGGCCUCGAUUCCCAGUAUUGGGUGAUCUUCUUGUGUGGUGUAAAUCCUGCCUCUAUGAUGUUAAUGAGAGAGGAUGGGCAGCAGUUGUGUUAGUGAGGCAGGACUCAGUCUACAAGAUUGGAUUGUGUCUUGAGGCAAUCUCUUGAGACAUAAAAGAGAGAAGCAAGCAGAGAGACAGGGGGACCUCGUACCACAAAGAAAGCAGCGCCAGGAGAAGAGCACGUCCUUUGUUCUCAGGGUCCCUGCGACUGAGAACCUCCUCAGCCAGGGAAGUUGAGGACAAGGACCUUCCUCCAGAGCCCACAGAGAGGGAAAGCCUUCCUCUGGAGCUCACACUCUGAGUAUGGACUUUUAGCCUACUUUACUGUGAGGAAAUAAAUUUCUCUUUGUUAAAACCA